CAGAACCUAGACUCCGGCUGCAGAUGCAAGCUCUCUGCGUUGUCAACGGCAGCAUGCAGAAGGUCCCGGAGGAGUGGACAGAGAGGGAGAGAGAGAUGGAGCGGCCGGUGCGGAGUGGAGGAGAAGAGGACAGGGAGACGCUGAUGAUGGAACUGACCCGGCUGGUGCAGAAGACGGUGAAGGAGAGCAGCUGGUGGGAGAAGAGAGGGAUAGACUGCAGCAUUCUGGCCAUGGCUUUCAUUAGCCUGCCUGCAGCGUUCUUGCUAUUGGGUUCCUCCCAGGUGGUGUGGUUUGUGCUGGGUCUGUUGGUGAUGGGCGUGGCUCAUGCUGUAAUUACAGUGAAGGGGACACACCUGUCCAGCCACGGAGCUCUGAGUGAGUCAGCGGUGUGGGGGCAGUUCUGGGCCAUCUUCUUCAUAGAGGUGUGUGGAUCGUUCACUGCCAGAGCAGGUGUGAAGGCUCACGUGAAGAUGCAUCACGCUCACACUAACGUCAUCGGUCUGGGAGACUCCAGCACCUGGAAGGUCCCCUUUCUGCCCCGUAUCAUGUACCUGUUCAUCGCCCCACUCGCUGUACCCAUCAUCACGCCGAUAGUGGCCGUGGGUCAGCUAAAGGGUCAGCCUCUGUGGGCAGUUGUGCGUACAGUGGUGUGUGUGAGUUUAGGUGUGUAUUCUCAGUACAUCCUGCUGCGGUGUGUAUCUGGGCUGGAGUGCGGUCCGGCUCUGCUGGUGAUGCUGCUGAGCAGAGCCAUGUUCUCCUUACCGUACAUCCACGUCAACAUCUUCCAGCACAUUGGGCUGCCGAUGUUUUCUCCCAAUCGGAGGCCCAAGCGAAUCUACCAGAUGAGUCACGGUGUCCUGAACCUGCCCAGGAACCCACUGCUUGACUGGACCUUCGGACACUCGCUCAUCAACUGCCACGUAGAACACCACCUGUUCCCCUCGCUCUCCGACAACAUGUGCCUGAAGGUGAAGCCGAUCGUGUCCCGGUAUCUGAAGGAGAAGUCGUUGCCGUAUCAGGAGGACAGUUACCUCUCCCGCCUGAGUUUAUUCUUCCAUAAGUACCAGGAGUUGAUGGUGUGUGCUCCGCCCAUCACUGAGCUGGUUGGAGUGCAGUGACAAGGAGGAGAAAAAGGAGAAAAACGUUUGUUUUGGUUUUGAACUUUCUCAUGAAGGAGAAGCUUAAUUUUUUGCAUACGACCAAUGUAGCCAUUCGCACAACGAUUCUAACACGAUGCCACAGCUUCCUAACGAAGCCUUUAAUGCCUGUAGAUGUGAAGCCGCCAGUGAGAGAGACAGAGCACAUGUGUGGGUGUGCAGGGAUGUUGCCAGUCAUAGACUUGUGAUCUUCAAAGGUGGACAGAGCAGUGAAAAAGGUAUCAGGUCCAAAAACUCCUGCGGUACUGAGUAACUUCUAGAGUUGCACAAGAGCUUCUUAGUAUGUCGACGUGGAUAGGAAUUGAAGUCGGAUUGGAUCCCUUUAGUCUAAAAUAAAACACUAUGGCUCUAAA